CCCUGUUCCCGCACUACCUAACAUUCGAGUCGGCGGUAAAUUUCUCUUUUUUUUCCGACCUCAAUCUCUCUCUCUCUCUCUUCUUUCUCUCUCUACACCAAACCCUAGCCCCCCUAUAUCUUCGAAUUCGAGCUCGGGAGGUCGAAAUCGCCAUCGAUCCACAGAGCGCAGCGCUACACGCGAUCGGCGACCCCAUUUCCGGCGGAUCUCCGAGCUCACCGCCGGACCCCGCCCCCGCGCCUCCCGAUCGCCUGCUGUUGACCAUGAUCAGUGCGGAGCGCUCCGGAGCUUAGCUGAGGUUAUAUGAUGAGACAAGAGCUGGUCCUCUGCUCCAGGUGCAUGGGUUGCAAGGCCGUACGAUGCCCGAGCUUCGCAGAGGUGUACGCCGAGGCCGCGCUCCGCUAGCGAGGAAGCGAUCGGAGCCGCCGCGGGGGCGACCGGAGCCGCAGCAGCAGCCAACCGCCGCCGCCGCCGCCGCCGCCGGGAACUACGUGAAGACGCGCGCCGCCGUCGCCAGGGAGAGGGCGAGGGGAGGGAGGGAGUUGGGGACCGAGGAGCCGGCGGCGAGGAAGAAGGGGAGGAGAGGCCGGGCCGGUGUCGCGCCGGAGAGGGAGGUCGAGGCGGAGGGCGGAGAAGGCGACAAGGAGGAGGUCGAGGUAGAAGCGAUGGGCGACGAAAGCGGCGGGCUGAGUGCUAACAAGGCUGGAGGACAGGAAGAAGAAGGCAGCACGGCACCUUUCCCCGAACGUGUACAAGUGGGAGGAUCACCAUCUUACAAGAUAGAAAAGAAGUUGGGCAAAGGUGGAUUUGGUCAAGUGUUUCUUGGUCGACGUGUUACAGGGGGAAGUGAUCGAUCAACAGGUCCAGGAGCUAUCGAGGUUGCCCUGAAAUUUGAGCAUAGAAAUAGCAAGGGCUGUAAUUACGGUCCCCCAUAUGAAUGGCAAGUUUACAAUGCCCUUGGUGGUAGUUAUGGAGUGCCUAGGGUGCACUAUAAAGGAAGACAGGGAGAGUAUUAUGUGAUGGUGAUGGACAUGCUUGGACCAAGCUUGUGGGAUGUGUGGAAUACCUCUGGACAGGCGAUGUCUUCCGAAAUGGUAGCUUGUAUUGCAGUUGAGUCGUUGUCAAUCCUUGAGAAGAUGCACGCAAAGGGUUAUGUGCAUGGAGACGUGAAGCCAGAGAACUUUUUGCUUGGUCAGCCAUCCACACAACAGGAGAAAAAGUUGUUUCUUGUUGACCUGGGAUUGGCAACAAAGUGGAGGGAUGGUUCCAGCGGGCGUCAUGUUGAGUAUGAUCAACGGCCUGACAUGUUUAGGGGGACGGUACGGUAUGCUAGUGUUCAUGCUCACUUAGGGAGAACUGCUAGCAGAAGAGAUGAUCUGGAAUCUCUUGCUUACACAUUAAUAUUUCUACAUCGAGGCAGGUUACCCUGGCAAGGCUAUCAGGGGGACAACAAAUCUUUCCUAGUUUGCAAAAAGAAGAUGGCGACUUCGCCCGAAAUGUUAUGCUGCUUCUGCCCUCCACCUUUGAAACAGUUUCUGGAGUUUGUAGUGAAUAUGAAAUUCGAUGAAGAGCCCAACUACUCGAAGUUGAUAUCUCUGUUUGAUGGUUUAAUUGGUCCAAAUCCUUCUGUGAGGCCAAUAAACACCGAUGGUGCUCAAAAGGCUGUCCAAGUUGGCCAAAAGCGAGGAAGGUUGAAUGUUGAGGAAGAAGAUGAUGGGCAACCAAAGAAGAAGGUUCGCCUGGGAGUUCCAGCUACCCAAUGGAUUUCAAUAUACAAUGCUAGAUUACCCAUGAAGCAGAGGUAUCAUUACAAUGUAGCAGAUGCAAGGUUAGGUCAACAUGUGGAGAGAGGAAUUGCUGAUGGUCUGCUAAUAAGUUGUGUGGCCUCGUCUUCUAAUCUCUGGGCCCUUAUAAUGGAUGCUGGAACUGGUUUUACAAGCCAAGUGUAUGAGUUGUCACCGUUCUUUUUACACAAGGAAUGGAUCAUGGAACAAUGGGAAAAGAACUAUUACAUUAGUUCUGUUGCUGGUUGUAAUAAUGGAAGCUCGCUGGUUGUCAUGUCUAAAGGUACCCAGUACACUCAGCAGUCUUACAAAGUCAGCGAGUCUUUUCCUUUCAAAUGGAUAAACAAGAAGUGGAGAGAAGGGUUUCAUGUUACCUCCAUGGCCACAGCUGGGAGCCGGUGGGGUAUUGUGAUGUCUCGCAAUGCUGGAUUCAGUGAUCAGGUUGUGGAGCUUGAUUUCAUGUAUCCUAGCGAGGGCAUUCACAGACGAUGGGAUAGUGGGUAUCGUAUCACAUCCACUGCAGCAACUUGGGAUCAAUCUGCCCUGGUUUUGAGCAUCCCUAGACGCAAACCUGGUGACGAAACUCAGGAAACUCUGCGCACAUCCCAAUUUCCAAGCGUGCAUGUAAAGGAGAAAUGGGCAAAGAAUCUCUAUCUCGCAUGCCUGUGCUAUGGGCGAACUGUAUCUUAAUCGCGGUAUUGCUGUGCUAUCUGUAAUAGCAGAGAUGGACUUCCAUAUUGAUGUAUUUUGUUUUUUAUUUAGCUUAGUCAAUUGUAAAGUCAUAUUAAUCAGGGUCUCGGUUGCUGCAGAAAUUCGGCAACUGUGUUUCCGACCUUAUUUUUUUGCUUGAACUGUAUUUCCGACAUAAAAGCGAUAAUGAAUCUUCUUUUGGUUUUACUAAAAAUCCUGCACCAUCAUUGGCUUGUUUUCUGGUA